AUGUGCAGCCUGGUGUGUAAGGGCUGCCACCAGCCCAUCAGUGAACGCUUCCUCCUGCGUGUGCAUGACUCUCUGUGGCACGAGCGCUGUGUGAAGUGUGUUACUUGUGCUGAGCCACUGAAGAGCACCUGCUUCUUGCGAGACUCCAAAAUCUACUGCAGGCGAGAUUACCAACAACUGUUCUCGGUGCGCUGUAGGGCCUGUGUGGAGGUGAUCUCUCCGGCAGAGCUGGUGAUGCGAGCGAGUGAAGCAGUUUUCCACCUGCACUGUUUCUGCUGCUCAGUGUGUGACUGCCGGCUGCAGAAAGGAGAUCGCUGUGUGCUGGUGGGGGACAAGCUGCUCUGUACACAACAUUACCAGCACACACUGAGCAGUCCCACCACAACCACGGACUCAGGCCAGAGUGAGGAUGAGGAUGAUGAAGAAGAUGAGAGCAGUCGUAAGGUGGCAGGAGACAGGAACCCCAGCAGAGACGGGGAGCAGAAGAGAGCGAAGCGUCCGCGCACCAUCCUCACCACGCAGCAGAGACGCGCCUUCAAAGCCUCGUUCGAAGUCUCACCAAAACCUUGCAGAAAAGUAAGGGAAACCUUGGCAGCCGAGACAGGUUUGAGUGUACGAGUCGUCCAGGUCUGGUUCCAGAACCAAAGAGCCAAGAUGAAGAAACUGGCGAGACGUCAGCAGCAGCAGCAGCAGCAGCAGCAGUGCCCGUCCCCUCAGGAGCAGCAUGACAGCCAAACACACACCACCGCGCCCUCUGUUGGGGGAUUUUCAGCUGACCUGGAGAGCCUGAGCACAUACCUAUCUGCAGCGCAACAGCAGGAAAGCCACAGCUUUAAGAUGGACCUGGGACAAGGUCUCACGCCGCCUCAGAUGCCUGGAGAUCACAUGAACCCUUACGAGUGUACGGAUCCAUGGUACACUGAGAUUGACAGCGGGCCGCUUCACACACUCAGGGACUGUCUGUCGUCCGCGGAGACGUCUGUCCUGACACCCAUCGACCGACUCUAUUCCAUGCAGGACUCUUAUUUCACCUCCUGUGUGUAAACAGUGUGUGUGUGUGUGUG